GAUCGGGCGCUUGGCGGCGGAGGUGGUGGGAGGCGGCGGGAGGGAGCGCGGGUCCGGCCGGCCCUGGCGAUGGCGGACGCGGCGGCCUCCCCGGUGGGCAAGCGGCUGUUGCUUCUGUUCUCGGACCCUGCGGCCUCAGCUUCGGCCUCGGCCCCCACGGCGGCGGCGGCAGUGAGCGGAGAUCCUGGGCCUGCGCUGCGCACUCGGGCCUGGCGAGCCGGCACGGUGCGGGCCAUGAGCGGGGCGGUGCCCCAGGACCUAGCGAUCUUUGUAGAAUUUGACGGCUGUAACUGGAAGCAACACUCCUGGGUUAAAGUUCAUGCUGAAGAAGUAAUAGUACUUCUGCUAGAAGGAUCGCUUGUUUGGGCACCCCGGAAGGACCCAGUCCUUCUACAGGGCACUCGUGUCUCAGUUGCGCAGUGGCCAGCGCUAACUUUCACUCCCCUGGUAGAUAAGCUGGGUCUGGGCUCUGUGGUGCCGGUUGAAUACCUUGUGGAUCGAGAACUGCGUUUCAUGUCAGAUGCUAAUGGGCUGCAUCUAUUCCAGAUGGGAACAGAUGCUCAAAACCAGAUUCUUUUAGAGCAUGCUGCAUUAAGAGAAACAGUUAAUGCUUUGAUCAGUGACAAAAAGCUACAAGAGAUAUUCAGCCGAGGUCCCUAUAGUGUUCAAGGUCACAGGGUCAAAAUAUACCAGCCAGAAGGAGAAGAAGUAUGGCUAUGUGGUGUUGUAAACCGGCAGGAUACAAUCACCCGUCUCAUGGAAGUUUCUAUAACUGAGACUGGUGAGAUGAAGUCAGUAGACCCCAGACUUAUCCAUGUGAUGCUGAUGGACAAUUCAACACCACAGAGUGAGGGGGGUACCAUAAAAGCAGUAAAAUCUUCCAAAGGAAAGAAGAAGAGAGAGAGCAUAGAGGGGAGAGAUGGCCGGAGGAGGAAAAGUGCUUCGGACUCUGGGUGUGACCCUGCUACAAAGAAAUUAAAAGGAGACAGGGGUGAAGUAGACAGUAAUGGGAGUGAUGGAGGUGAGGCAAGCCGAGGGCCCUGGAAAGGAGGUAAUGCCAGUGGAGAGCCAGGGCUGGAGCAAAGAGCCAAGCAGCCACCGUCUACAUUUGUUCCCCAGAUUAACCGCAACAUUCGCUUUGCCACUUACACCAAAGAAAACGGCAGGACUCUGGUGGUGCAGGAUGAACCUGUAGGUGGGGACAUACCUGUACCAUUCACUCCAUAUUCUUCAGCCACAGGUCAGACACCUAUGGCCCCAGAGGUAGGUGGAGCUGAAAACAAAGAGGCAGGAAAAACACUGGAACAAGUUAGCCAGGGCAUGGUGGCUUCAGCAGCUGUAGUCACCACCACCAGCUCCACCCCAACUACGGUGAGGAUCUCAGACACUGGCCUUGCAUCAGGGACUGGGCCGGAAAAACAGAAAGGCAGCUGGUCGCAGGCCUCAGGAGAGAAUUCAAGAAAUUCUAGUCUGGCCUCUUCUGGAUUUGGAGUGUCUCUGUCAAGUUUGUCACAACCAUUGACUUUUGGAAGUGGAAGGAGCCAGUCCAAUGGAGUUUUAGCAACAGAAAACAAGCCUUUGGGCUUCUCUUUCAGCUCUAGCUCUGCACCAGAGUCUCAGAAGGACUCGGAUCUCUCCAAGAACUUGUUUUUUCAAUGCAUGUCCCAAAAUUUACCCAGCAGUAACUACUUCACCACGGUUUCAGAGAGUAUGGCUGAUGAUUCCUCUAGCAGGGACUCAUUCAAACAAAGCCUUGAGAGCCUGAGCGCAGGCCUGUGUAAAGGCAGAUCUUCUCUUGGGACAGAUGCUAAGCCAGGUCCCAAGACUGGCGGCUCUGUGGACCGAAAAGUGCCUGCAGAGUCUAUGCCCACCCUUACUCCAGCCUUCCCACGGAGUCUCUUAAACACCCGCACCCCAGAGAGUCAUGAAAAUCUAUUUUUACAGCCCCCCAAACUAUCCCGCGAAGAGCCUUCUAACCCCUUCCUGGCGUUUGUGGAGAAAGUCGAACACAGCCCUUUCAGCAGCUUUGCGUCUCAGGCAUCAGGUAGCUCUUCCUCUGCCAACACUGUCACCUCAAAGGCAACACCCAGCUGGCCCGAGUCUCAUGCCUCUGCAGAUUCUGCAUCCUUAGCAAAGAAAAAAACCCUCUUUAUUACAACUGACUCCUCAAAGCUGGUGUCUGGUGUUCUGGGCUCAGCUCUCAGCACUGGGGGCCCAAGCCUCUCUGCCAUGGGGAAUGGCCGUUCCAGCUCACCCACCAGCAGCCUCACCCAACCCAUUGAGAUGCCUACUCUCUCCUCCAGCCCCACAGAAGAGAGGCCAACUGUGGGGCCUGGCCAGCAGGACAAUCCUCUUCUCAAAACCUUCAGUAACGUCUUUGGCAGGCACUCAAGCAGCUUUCUGUCCUCCCCAGCAGAGUUUUCACAGGAGAACAAAGCUCCUUUUGAAGCCGUAAGAAGGUUCUCAUUGGAUGAACGAAGCUUGGCUUGCAGACAGGACUCCGACUCCAGCACCAACAGUGACCUGUCCGAUCUUAGCGAUUCGGAGGAGCAGCUGCAGGCCAAGAGUGGCCUGAAGGGGAUUCCAGAGCACCUGAUGGGGAAGCUAGGUCCCAACGGGGAGCGCAGUGCUGAGCUGCUGCUGGGCAAGGGCAAAGGGAAGCAGGCCUCAAAGGGCCGGCCUCGGACUGCUCCCUUGAAAGUCGGCCAGUCAGUGCUGAAAGACGUGAGCAAAGUGAAGAAGCUGAAGCAGUCUGGAGAGCCCUUCCUGCAGGACGGCUCCUGCAUCAACGUGGCACCCCACCUGCACAAGUGUCGGGAGUGCCGCCUGGAGAGGUAUCGCAAGUUCAAGGAACAGGAGCAAGAUGACUCCACUGUAGCCUGCCGCUUCUUCCACUUCCGGAGGUACCAGGCUCCUUUUUCAGAGACCGAAGAAAUAGGCGAUGAAGAAGUUUUCUCCUGGCUGAAGUGUGCCAAGGGGCAGUCCCACGAACCAGAAAACCUCAUGCCUACACAGAUCAUCCCUGGCACAGCACUGUACAAUAUUGGAGACAUGGUACAUGCUGCCCGGGGAAAGUGGGGGAUUAAAGCAAACUGCCCUUGUAUUAGUCGGCAAAGCAAAUCUGUGUUGAGACCUGCUGUCACCAACGGAAUGUCACAGCUCCCCAGUAUAACCCCUAGUGCCUCUUCUGGAAACGAAACUACCUUCUCGGGCGGAGGUGGAGCUGCAGCGAUCACAAAUCCAGAGCCAGACCAAGUCCCCAAAGGCCCCAGCACCGACAGCAGGUCUGAAGAGUCCCUAAGAGCAGAAGGCCCUGCAUCAAAUAGCAAUAGUGAACUAAAAGCCAUCAGGCCCCCGUGCCCUGACACGGCCCCUCCCUCUUCUGCCCUGCAUUGGUUGGCAGAUUUAGCAACUCAGAAGGCUAAAGAAGAAACAAAAGAAGCAGGGUCCCUGAGGUCGGUGCUCAAUAAAGAAUCUCAUUCACCCUUUGGGCUGGACUCCUUCAACUCCACCUCAAAAGUCUCUCCAUUGACUCCAAAGCUUUUUAACAGUCUGUUACUGGGUCCCACUGCCUCCAACAGCAAAACUGAGGGUUCUAGCCUUCGAGACCUCCUUCACUCUGGGCCUGGAAAACUUCCUCAAGCCCCCCUGGACACAGGCAUACCCUUCCCACCUGUUUUCUCUGCAUCCUCAGCAGGAUUGAAGAACAAAGCCAGCCUGCCCAACUUCCUCGACCACAUCAUCGCCUCGGUGGUGGAAAAUAAGAAAACCUCAGAUUCUUCAAAGCGGUCCUGCAACUUGACUGAUACCCAAAAGGAAGUGAAGGAGAUGGUGAUGGGGUUAAAUGUGCUAGACCCCCAUACCUCUCAUUCCUGGCUCUGUGAUGGGAGACUUCUGUGUCUCCAUGACCCCAGCAACAAAAACAAUUGGAAGAUCUUCCGAGAAUGCUGGAAACAAGGCCAGCCAGUGCUAGUGUCAGGGGUACAUAAAAAGCUCAAGUCUGAACUCUGGAAGCCAGAAGCCUUUAGCCAGGAAUUUGGAGACCAGGAUGUGGACUUGGUGAACUGCCGGAACUGUGCUAUCAUUUCUGAUGUCAAAGUCCGGGAUUUCUGGGAUGGCUUUGAGAUCAUAUGCAAGAGACUGAGGUCAGAAGAUGGGCAGCCAAUGGUGCUCAAACUCAAAGACUGGCCCCCUGGGGAAGAUUUUCGGGACAUGAUGCCAACAAGGUUUGAGGAUCUGAUGGAGAAUCUUCCUCUGCCAGAAUAUACCAAACGGGAUGGCAGGCUCAAUCUCGCUUCUAGGCUACCCAGCUACUUUGUAAGGCCUGACCUGGGCCCCAAGAUGUACAACGCCUAUGGCUUGAUAACAGCAGAAGACAGAAGAGUUGGCACAACAAACCUUCAUUUAGAUGUGUCUGAUGCUGUUAAUGUGAUGGUGUAUGUUGGGAUCCCUGUCGGGGAGGGUGCCCAUGAUGAAGAAGUCCUCAAAACAAUUGAUGAGGGUGAUGCUGAUGAGGUGACCAAGCAGAGGAUUCAUGACGGAAAAGAGAAGCCGGGAGCCUUAUGGCACAUCUAUGCAGCCAAGGAUGCAGAGAAGAUCCGAGAGCUCCUCAGGAAGGUUGGAGAAGAGCAAGGCCAAGAGAAUCCUCCUGAUCAUGACCCAAUUCAUGACCAAAGUUGGUAUCUGGACCAGAUCCUCCGGAAGCGACUCUUUGAGGAGUAUGGUGUGCAAGGCUGGGCCAUCGUGCAGUUCCUGGGUGAUGCUGUCUUCAUACCUGCUGGAGCCCCGCACCAGGUUCACAAUCUGUAUAGCUGCAUUAAAGUCGCAGAAGACUUCGUAUCCCCAGAGCACGUGAAGCACUGUUUCCGCCUAACACAAGAGUUCAGGCAUCUCUCCAACACCCAUACGAAUCAUGAGGAUAAACUACAGGUGAAGAACAUCAUAUACCACGCAGUGAAAGAUGCUGUUGGCACUCUCAAGGCCCACGAAUCCAAACUGGCAAGGUCUUAAGGCAUGGGGAACUUCCAGCUCUCCUGUGAAGCAGGCCUUUCACAACACUUACCAGGGAACGGCAGGGCUCUCUGCAGGAGCAGAGGCCCUUCCCCAAGCCAGUGUGGUCAGUAUUACAAACUCUCCAGCCGCUCUUUCUAUGCUGCCUCAACACUGAAGGUUGACACAAGAAAAUGGCACUGUUCACACACACAGUUUCAGACUCGAAGCUGAGGGUGCCACACUCCAUCCAGUGGCCUUUGGGAAUCCAGGUUGCUUGAACAUCGCUGGGCUUUCCUGCACAUCUCUGGGUUUGAGACCAUGGAAACCAGGAAUGUGGGCACACCUUCCUUCUCUGUUCCUCUUGUGCCUAGCUCAGUGGGACUGUGUUUGGAGGCGGAGGAAGUCAUAACUGGUAAAGUAAGGAGAUACAAUGUGCCUGGUGGAAGCCCGGCCAUGUCUCUGCACAUGACUUCUGACCUGGCCUGUCCCAGGAGAUGGGGUGCAGCCAUUCCCCAUACUCUCUGUGAAUAUGGAGUCUUCAAGACCCAGGGAGAGCCUACAACUUCCCAGGAGGCUUCAGGAUUAGGAACCGUGUGUAUUUAGUGAGAACUAGGUUUGUAGUGAAAUAGUUACUAUUUCAUGAAAGUAGAUAUUUUUAGAACUUUUGAAAUAACACAGUUGUUUUCCUGGACUACAAGGAAAGGCACAUUACUUUAGUCUUCCUUUCAAUAAAACUCUUUGAAAGAUAUGAUUUUUAGAAAUCAGCUGUCCCUUAUAGCACAAAAUCAGCCAAAGCGUAAUUUAAAAGAAUUGGCAUUUUACUAUAAUCCUUUAGUUUCUCCCUCCCUCUCAGUCUUAUCUCGAGGGAACAGUUGUCUGAGGAAGAACUGUGUCAUGUCUGAGCUGUGGAGCGUUCCCUGCGUGCACACCGCUGACUCCGGGAUCUGUUUGCCGACUACCAGCGUUCCCUUGGGACUCUGCAUAUGUUUCCAAAUGGGGUGGAAAGUUUGGUUUCCAAUAUAAGAGUUUUUUGUUUUUUAGAGUUUUGUCUGGAAUUAUUUUCAGCAAAACUUUACAACUCAGUGGAGUUUUUAUUAAGAAUUUACUUGGAAAUGAUGGAAUUCACUGGCCCAUAGGUACACUGGGAAAUGUAUCUCUUCCCAGGUGUACUGCCCUGCAGCCUUGUUUAUAUGUUCACAGUUACCUUUUUUUUUUUU